AUGUCCAGCAACGAAAAGCCCGGCGAGGGCGCUGCCGAGCUCAGCGGCAACACUUACUACCCGCCGCCGCCGCCUGGCCCUCCUCCGUCACAGCAGGGUCCGCCUGAGCAACAGCAGCAACAGCAGCAGCAUUUGCAGCAGCCUCUCGCUCAGCAGUAUCAGCCGCAUCCCCAGCAGCAGCCAGACCAGCAGCAGUAUUUCCCUCCUCCACCAGGUCCGGCCGACGAGAAGCAGUCUCACGUGCAGCAGCAGCAGCAGCAACCAUACUUUCCUCCGCCGCCGCCAGCUCCACAUGCAGCCGACGAGACGCAGUCUCACCAGCAGCAGCAGCCGCAGCAACAGCAUCAACAGCAGCAUCAGCAGCCCUCCUUCCCCCCUCCGCCGCCCGCUUCGGCCGAUGACAAGCAGUCUCACCACCACCAGCAGAGCGCAUAUGCCAUACCAGCAUACAAUCCCGCCAAUCCAGCCUUUGCCCCGCCCCCAACAGCUCAACAUGACGCCCAAACAACGACGGGGCAUCCAGGUCCGGCACAGUCGUACGCUCACCAACCACCACCACAGCCUCAACACCAGCAGCCGCCGCCGCAGCAAUCCUCACAAACUGCUCCCAAAAAGUCCGGCUGGGGCGAUCGAUUCAAGCAUUUUGUCAGCGCCGGAGCCGCCGCUCCCAUCAACAGCCUUGCCCACAAGCUCGGCAGCCAAAGCUUCUUGCCCGAAACCCUGGACAAAGAAUGCGACAAGUCAGCCGCCAUCCUGAGAUCUUUCUGCACCAAAGGUGUCUACGCUGACCCCGGGGCCGGCCAACCCCCAACCUCUACCGAUCCGAAAGCCCACGAGUCUAGCAGCGGCGUCAUUGACCCGACCAAGGAGAAGCCCAAGAACCGCGUCAUUGUCACCAUCCCGCCCAAGGUUAUUUCCAAAGCAGUCGGCCUCGCCAUCUUCACCACUCUCCGUGCUGGCUUCCAGGUCUCUGGCGCCACGGGCUCCGGCGUCCUGAUUGCGCGGCUGCCCGAUGGAUCGUGGAGCCCGCCCUCGGGCAUCCAGGUGCACUCCGUCGGCGGAGGCUUCCAGAUCGGCCUCGACAUUUACGACUGCGUCUGCGUCAUCAACAGCAGGGAGGCCCUUGCCGCCUUCAUGAACACCCGCGUCAGCCUCGGGAGCGACUUGGCCGUCGUGGCCGGGCCCUAUGGUGCCGGGGGCGCCGUGGAUUUCGGCACCGCCGUGCAGCGCGGGAGAGACGACAAGGACAGCAAGGCCACCGCGGCUUCGGACGCGCAGCCCGCAGCCGCCGAAGCCCAGCCCUCGAGUGCGCUCAAGCCCGACGCGGGGGCGGCGUCCAAGGACCCGAAGCGCCGGAGUCUCAGUACCAGCGCCUUCAAGCCCGUCUUCUCGUACGUCAAGUCGAGGGGGUUCUAUGCUGGCAUCCAGGUCGACGGCACCGUCGUCGUGGAGCGCAAGGACGCCAACGCCUCGUUUUACGGAGCUCCCGUCACGGUGCAGCAGAUCCUGCAGGGACAAGUUCCUCCCCAGGGGCCUCGGGACAUGUGGCCCGUUGGCGCUCGCGCGCUGCUCGAGACGCUCCGCGGUGCUGAGGCGGGAGCCCUGGGUCACCACUCGUCUGCAUCUGCAUCUGCAUCUGCAUCUGGGGCGGCAGGUCAUCCGGGGUCUGGAGCUGUGCCCUUGGCGAAUGCGCCGCCUGCGGGUGCUGCACCUGGUGAAGCUUCGUCUGGUGCGCCGCCGGCGUAUGUAGAUGAUGGGAGUCAUGCGCAUGUUGGCGAUGUCAAGUAUGCGUACCAAUGUCCCGAAAACCCGUCUCGUUGCUCACUUUCCCCCCCACGACGAGACCCUCUGCUCCGACGGAAGCAAAAGCUCGUGCGACAAGUAACCCUAACCCUCAUGGACCAGUACGCCAUAUAUCCCAGCCUCCGCGGCAAAGUCGUCCUGAUCCCCGGCGCCGCAGAGGGCAUCGGCGCCGCCGCCGUGGAGCUCUUCUGCCGACAGGGCUCGCAGGUCGUCUUCCUGGACAUUGCGGACGACUCGGCGCGCGAGCUGGUGGACCGGCUGGCGUCGGUCUCUGGCGCCACGACGCCGACCUUUAUGCACUGCGACGUGACGGACCUCGAGGGGCUCGGCGAGUGCGCGCAGACGGUGCUCGCGCGGUUCGGCCGCGUCGACGUGCUCGUCAACAACGCCGGGUGUGCCGGGCCCGGGUCGCGCGUGCCCACGAGCCGGGUGACGCCGGCGUCGUUUGAGCGCGACGUCAACGUCAACCUGCGGCACCAGUUCUUCCUGACGCAGCACGUCGCGCCGGCCAUGCAGCGCCAGGGCGGCGGCAGCAUCAUCAACAUGGGCUCCAUCACCUGGCGCAUCCCCGCGACCGAGGUGCCCGUCUACACGACCUGCAAGGCCGCCGUCGUCGGCAUGACCAGGACGCACGCCCGCGAGUUUGGAGGCCACGGCGUCCGCGUCAACAGCAUCAUGCCGGGGUCCAUUGCUACGCGGCGCCAGAUCGACACCGUGCUCACCGACGAGUACAGGGCCGAGAGCCUGGCCGCACAGUGUCUGAAGCGCGUCCUGCUGCCUGUCGAGGUUGCGAGGCUGAUGCUGUUUUUGGCGUCGGAUGACUCGAGUGCCAUUACUGGUGGGAGCCACGUGUGCGACGGGGGGUGGGUUGGUGAUACUUGA